GAUUGGCUAAUUCUGCUUUCUUCAAAACCUGAAGCUUGGCUCCAAACUCAGAAAGAAAAUCAGCCGGGUUAAAGAUGUGCAAGUGACCGCGUGUGAGUGACUGAGCAAACAGAAACCCGAAUCAACGAAUAGCAGAGGAAACAAGUCUAUCAAACUAACAGGGAUCUGCGGAAAAUCUACUAAUAACAAUCAUGCUGAGGAUCCAAAAGCCUUAUGUGAUUAUGCUUUUUUUCUGCUAUAAAUUAACUUGAUCAGGAUCUCCAAAGUGCGAACUGCAAAGGUGGAAAAUAUUUCUUUCUGUGUUCUAACUCACAACCAAUAAAUAAAUAAAUAGACAGAAAACUAAGUUUGAAGAGCAAGCUAAUCUAAAGACAAUGCGUCAAAUUGAAACGAUGUAGCCAAAACUUCUAUCAAAGAACAUAUUCUAGUUCCAUCGAUAUUGAAUGGAAUUUUGCAGACGAAAAUAACUUUAGCAUAAGAUAAGAUGGGCAAAGGAAUACAUCAAAUAAGAAAAAGGUGUAUCUGUUUGUUUAUUAAUUCCAGGUGAUUUAAAAUCUGCCAAGAAAGAUCUGCUAUUCAUUCAAAUCUGGAAGUCAACAUCAAAAUUCAGAGGAUUUUUAAAAAAAAAUGUUUUUUUUUUUUUUGUUUUUUAAUGAUUUUUCAUAAUCGAAUAAGCUUACAAAAAGACAUUGACCAUAAACAAUUUUACCUUAAGGGUGUUUUUUUUUUUUUUUAGAUCACUUUAUCAGAAGUCUUUUUUGGGGGGGGGGAUUUUAAAGAUUCCAAUUGUGGAAGGCUGAAAAUCUGAACAUAACCAGAAGUAAAGUGAAGAAAUCUGGUUCAUUUCAAACAACCAGAGCUGCAGAUCAUAAUUACAACAAGCAACAUCUCAACGGUAUGUCAACAGGCAUGUAAGAGGUCAUCAUUGGAAUAACCACAAGUCAACGACAGCUUGAGUUAUUUACUGACCCAUCAAAGACACUCGAACUGGCUUAAGUUCUUCUCAAUUUAAAAAUCAAUGAGUGAAUGGUUGUCUACCCAUUUUCACUCACCAUUUGGAGGCCAAAUCAUUACUGCUGGAAAUCGUUCUGGACUAAAGUUGUUCCAAUCAUGUGUAUAGUCAGCCUUGAACUUGGGCUGUUUUGGAUUCAACCUUUGAUCAUGUGCUAAGACAAAUCUCUUAACUAAGUCUUAAAUAAGUCAGGGCCAAUAAACAGAAACGCAUCUCUUGACAGAUUUAAAACAUUUGGAUGAAAAAUCUGCAGCAGUACUUCCAUAAGUAUUGACCAUUUGGGUGUUACAUCAGAGUCAGUCGGGACUGGGAAAACAGGCCGCCUUGAGGGGUUAAUUGAAUUUUUGAGUAUCUUUCAUACAGCCUUAGAGACACUGGCUUAUCUGGUUUAGGACCAUUUGGAAUUGAACCAGAAGGUUGGUUUGAUCCUCCAUCAGAACUUCUUGCAAACCAUCUCAUGCUGUGGUCCCGUGGUGCCUUGCUGAAUUGCAGCGAUGCACGUUGAAGUGACCCUACAUCACUCCUGCUCAGUCUCAGUGUGUGCGUGGCUCACCUCACCAUGCUAGGUGCUGACGUGAUCUACAUCAUCCUGGAGCUGGUGAUCGCUGUGCUAGCAGUGCUGGGCAACGUGCUAGUGUGCUGGGCAGUGUGGCUGAACAGCAACCUGCAGAACGUCACCUACUUCUUCGUGGUGUCGCUGGCGGUGGCGGAUAUCGCCGUGGGCGUGCUGGCCAUCCCCUUCGCCAUCACUAUCAGCAGGGGUUUCUGCGCCCACUUCCACGGCUGCCUCUUCAUCGCCUGCUUUGUCCUUGUGCUCACCCAGAGCUCCAUCUUCAGCCUGCUGGCCAUCGCCAUCGACCGCUACAUUGCCAUAAAGAUACCCCUCAGGUAUAAUGGUCUGGUGACGGGUCAGAGAGCUAAAGGGAUCAUCGCCAUCUGCUGGGUCCUCUCUGUCAUCAUUGGAUUGACGCCCAUGCUGGGCUGGCACAAAUGUACUAGUGAGGUCACCAUCAGCACCCAGAAAAAUCCUAUAAACUGCACAGAUGACCGCAUGAUGCCUUGCCUCUUUGAGAGCGUGGUCACCAUGGACUACAUGGUCUACUUCAACUUCUUCGCCUUUGUCCUUGUGCCUUUGUUGCUCAUGCUGGGGAUCUACCUGAGGAUCUUCAUGGCGGCUCGGCAUCAGCUCCAGCUGAUUGAACUCAAGGCCAUCCAGGGGGAGAAGUGCCGCUCCAUCCUCCAGAAGGAGGUCCACGCGGCCAAAUCCUUGGCCAUCAUCGUGGGGCUGUUUGCCGUCUGCUGGCUCCCGCUUCACAUCAUUAACUGCUUCACCUACUUCUGUCCUCAGUGCCCACGGCCCCCGGCCUGGCUCAUGUACCUGGCUAUCAUCUUAUCCCAUGGCAAUUCUGUGGUCAACCCAUUCAUCUACGCCUACCGGAUACGGGAGUUCCGACAAACCUUCCGCAAGAUCAUUAGGCGACGCAUUCUGGGCCAGAAGGAGCAUCUGUUCAAGAGUGGGGGAAGCAACAGCAACAGGACUUCAGUGUACACCAGCAUGGCAGAGAAUUCCACCAUCACAAUUAAUGGCUGUGUCCUGGAUAUGUACACAGAGGAAGAUGGCAGCAAAAUCUGUAAUGAUCAGAAAACUCCCGGGGAUAACCCAGCUGAACAAAACCUGAGUAAAAACAACCCCCCCUCUGAUUUGCAUCAAAAUGGUCAACAUUUAGACCUCCUACAUAAGCAACAUCUCUGACAACAGAACAACAACUUUUCAAAAUGGGGACAUGCCCAAGCUUGUCAAAAAUACAGUGGUCCUAUAUCUGCAAGGGAAUGAGGAAUUCUCGAAGGUGCAUUUCAACUCUGCGUUCCAGGAGAAAUCUUCACAGUGUCCCGGUCUUACGGAAGUGUCUUGAUUUCAGUCCAGAACUAUUUCUGUUAGCAUAUGAAUGUGUUUGAAUAUGUUUGUAUUAUUUAUUGACUCCCUUCUUAUAGAGGGCAGCAAGGGGGAAUAAAAAUAAAUGUAAGAACAGGCUGUGAUCCAGAAUUCGCUCUGCAUUCCAAGGACCUUGGUUUCAUGAAUCGGGAGAAAUGAUCCUAAGCCACCACCUUUUGUAAAAGGGCAGACAUCUGCUUAUUGAGGCCCAGGGGAGGUUCUGCUGUACAUUUUUAUGGGCGUAGAAACGUCUUUUUCAUGUGUUGUUUCUUGUUGUAAAAAAGUGAUAAAAUAUUAUGUCCAGGGUGGGACAGAGAAUACGUAGGGUACAGACACAUUUGUCCCAGUGGCCACCAUUCCCUGGGGAUCCCACCAUGCUCAACUUUAAAUGAAUUUCACAGCGUUAAAGGUGGUCUUAAUCACCCUCUGAAAUCUUGUUUCUUUUUCACUGAGACCCUGAUUGCAACAUGUUGAUAAGAAUGGGAUGUGGAGUUGGGUCCACUAGUAGUUUUCUUGUUUCAGUCUUACUUGAUACAAACCAAAAAAUACAAAGCUGCCUGUGAUAAUGUAAUUAGUUAAAGAGCUACCAGGCAGGGUCUUGUUAGCAAACAGCAAACUCAUUACGCAUUGAGUUGAGUUAUCUUGUGCGGUACGUUUCAAUGCAAUAUCUUUUUCAAUCACAAUAGAACGCAAAAUGAUUCCCUUUUGAACUGAGUUAUUGCAAUCUGUUCUGCUACAUUCCACAUUUAAGUACAUUGGGUACGUGAGUAAUAAAUAUGAAAGCAAUUGUGAUUAUGCUAAAAAAGAUAUUAGCAAGGAUAUGAACAGCAUAGGAGACUAUUGCAGUAAGAGUUUCUUCUAAGACACUGCGCAUUCAGUAAUGCUUCCAAGAUGCUCUCCUGUUGCAUAAAAAUAAGUGACCAGUUUUGUCAUACAGUAGAUCUUUACAGGCAAUCAUUGUGUCAUGGUGGAAAUAAAACUGUACAUGUGUUGUUGCAGAUCUUGAAAACUUAAAAACCUAAUGACAAAAUGAGUCAAUUUAACACACCAGACUGUCACACUUAGUCAAUUUUGGAUGACCAGAACAGUUAGUUGACGUUGUUAAAUAAAGCAAAUACAAAACAGAAUAAUACAACAAAUGAAAGCAUUUUAUACAUCAAAAGGAACUUUUAGUGUGAAAUACAUUUUUUCGUGAGUUGUGUCUCAUUUAGGCACGGGUGGGGGCCUCACUCUGUAUUUUGUUCAGUGGCUGAGUGGAUAAGAGACUGAAUAGUAUUUUCCUCACCCACUGGACCAAGAGAGCAGAAUAUUCCAUGUAAUCUCCCCAUCUGUUUUUCAGAAAAUCAAAGAUCUGGUUUGCAAUGCAGUGAUAAAUGAAAUUAGAUGUUGUACAGCCAGGUGUCUGUUGCUUAUCCAGUAAGAAACACAAAUGUGCUGACCUGUGGUACACACAUAUCGCCUAUAAAUCCAGCCAGAAUUAAUUCACACUCUUUUGUCUUUGGCCUGGGUUUUGUCUUUAACUGUUAGGCAAAUACAGCAACACCUCCUUUUUCUGAAUAAAUAUUGUUUUUUUAAGUAAAUUACA